CUCAGAGCCUCUCAUAUAAGCUGAACAGGGCCGGCACUUGCGUAUAUAAAGUCUUUGGGAUUUCAACAAAGCCACAACACAGACACACAAACGAAAAGCAGCAUCGCAAUCGCCCCUUUACACCUCUUCUCCAUCAAUCCUUCUUCUUCUACCCAUCAACUAAGAGGGGGGAAAAAAUAACAGCAUCCAUCACACUAUAUCAUUUACCUUCUUAAUAAGAAUAUUGAUAAAAAAAAAUCACCAUGUGCGGACCAGAGUUCACCAACAAGCCUCGUGGCGGCGCACUUGCUGCCCUCAGCUCACCAAUUGAUGCCGAUCGACUACGAUCCAUCUGCGCAGAUCUCGCAUUUCACACCCCGGGCCACCCGGAGAGCAACGAAGCGACACAUGCGAGACUGACGCCAGAUGCUGAUUAUGAUUCCAGCAUAUUAUCAGAUCUUCAUAUUGUCAUCCAUUCCAGCGGAGAUUUGUCAAGAACACCAGAGGAGUGCGGCACGUUUCAGCAGUUUCGAUUUCCUGCAGUGCCAACCUCAUGCAACAAGUCAUUUAUUGAGCUUCCUCUCGAUAAGCCGCUUUCACUAGAAGUCGGAAACGAUGGAAUCAUCGGCCGGCGAGUGUCACUUUACUCUCGUUCUGCCCCUACUCGGCUGGUAGCCGAAGGCAUCGUGGGAUUCAACUUUCUCAGCAGGGCCCAGCCGUGCUUGUAGGCGAUGCAUCGUGACAAAUCAUUUCACUACCAGCAGACAGAAACACGCACGUCAGAGCCAUCAAGGUUCUGAUGGCGACACCUGCGAAAGCGCAUCGUGCAAGGCGGGCACUUGCACCCUGAUGGAUAACAGGGGUAAAGACAUGAUGCGUAUCCCUGGAAACACAGGAUCCAGAGGAGAAGAAGCCGAAAGCGGAAUUUCUUACCUAAUGCGAGAAGGAUAUUUAUUUUAGCGAUGGCAAAUUUUGGCAGGAAUCUGGAGUACAGGCAUACACGGAACGGGCCCGGCAACGUGGCUUUGGGAUGGUUAUUAGGACAGGCUUCAAUUCGAGCAAGGGGCACUGGAGCACUAACGGGCAAUGGGAACUUUGAAUUUGCGUGAAUUUGGAGCGUAUAUUGGCUUAGCCACAGCAGCGAAUAAAUGCGAAUUAUCUUCAA